UUCCCUUAUUCUUCUUUGCUUUUCACAUAGCCUCCCUCUGUUUCUCCGCCUCAGCUUUCAGACAAAGUUGCUCUAGUUGCCUUGUCUUUCUCUCCCUCCAGAGAUCUCUCUCUGUUUGUUUGUUUUCGGGGUUUGUUGAAAUUUCAUUUCGAUUUUUUCUGAUUUUGGGGAUCUGGGAUUUCUAGGGGUUCUUUGUAACGUAAGCCCAAUGUGUUCAGAAGCCUUUCUAUGACACUCAUGCGUCGAAUUCGCUUGUUCCACUCUUUCUCCGUCGCCUUCCUGUACUGGUUCUACGUUUUCUCAUGAACUAAUCCACCCAGAUUCCUCAUUUCAAUUUCUCAAUUUUCGAAAACCCCCAAUUUGAAACCCUAAUUUUUUCAAUUUCUUAAUUUAUUGAACCGAUUCUUCCUGAGAUGUCUUCGGUUCAGCGCCAAUCGAGCUCCGGCUCCGACGGAUGCGUGGUGGACGACAAGAAGAGGAAGAAGAUGGAGUCCAACCGCGAAUCGGCGCGGCGAUCAAGGAUGAAGAAGCAGAAGCACGUGGAGGAGCUGACGGUGGAGAUCACCCGGCUCCAGAUCUCCAACAACCAGCUCCGGCAGAGCAUCGACGCCAAGGAUAAGGCCUACAGCGAGUUGGAGGCCUGGAACAAUGUCAUGAGGGCUCAGGAGAAGGAGCUCACGGAUCGGCUGCGCUACUUGGAGUCGAUUGAGCAGACAUUUGUGGAGUUCAGCGGCGGAUUCGAUGAGAACAUGAAUGGCAUGGCUGAGAUGCAUGACACAAUGCUCAAUCCGUGGCAGAUUCCUUACUCUACUCAGCCCAUCACGGCUUCCUCUGCCGAUAUGUUUCUCGAUUGGCCAUAAAAUCAAUUGGAUUAGUCCUCUGAUUUGUUACUGUUAUAUCGAAUCCGUUUUUGUUUUCAGGUCUGUGUUAGUCUAUGUCUUGGGUGUCUAUAGUGGUUAGCUUGUUUCAUGUAAUCAGUAUCAUCAUCAUUUCUGUGUAUCCAAAUGUGUGUUUAGUUAUCUCAAGUCUUGUAUUAUUACCUGAUCAAUGUAGCAUACAAUUUGGUUUCUGAUU